CGGCCGGUGUUCUUGACUUAGCAACGGGUACUGGGAUAUGGGCAAUGGAUUACGCAGACACACACCUAGAUGCGCAUGCUAUCGGGGUUGACUUGAGCCCAAUUCAACGUCAAUGGACGCCGACCAACUGCGAAUUCGAAAUAGACGAUAUCGAGGAAGAUUGGACAUAGAACAAACACAAGCUCCGUAUGAUUUUGCCGGAGCAUGAUCGGGGCUAUUACGUAUUGGCAGGGCCUCGCUCAGAAGGCAAUCCAAAACCUAGAGCCUGGCGGCUAUUUCGAGAUCCAAGACUACUUAUAUCCCCUCUUCGGCAACCGCGAUGAUGGGAAGUGGAGAAGACCUACCUACACGAAUGGUCGGUCAAUAUGGUGGAGGCGGCGAUCGAUGUUGCCCCACGGUUCGCGAAAAUACUCGAAGAUGCAGGCUUCAUCACCGUCGGAGGAAACACGACACGUCCCAAUCGGAGGCUGGCCACGCGACCCGACGCUGAAGUGGACGGGCCGCAUUGUCGGCGGAAUGCUCACGGAUAACCUCGGAGGCACUAGCUCUGCUCUGUUCACUCGCCACUUGAGAUGGACCGAAGAGAAAAUGCGCGUGUAUCUGGCACGAGUCCGCAAAGAACUUCAGGAUCACGACAUAGAGGCAUUGUCCAGAGUGUACGCUGUGUGGGGACGCAAGCUUCUCGAUGCCGGGCUUUGAUCAUACGUCGCGAUUACGAACGUGUCCGAUGUCGAAAGGCCUUUAGGCUUUAGUACGGCAGACAAGACAAUUCUAGGGGGACAAAGACCAGCGCAGAAUAGGAGGACACAGAUGCAAGACGGAGAGCACCUCGGCGCCGAUUCCCCCGAGCAGAUGUCAAAAUGUGAUGUGGCAACGGCGAGAUCGCGUAAGAUACUGUAUUAGUUUGUGGCAUACAAAGGCUUUGAUGCUAUGUGCCAACACUGGAUUGAUGACUAGAGUGGUGAGCUUUGAGGAGCUCUUCAAUGAGACA